CUCUGGCUCCCCUCUGUGCUCCCCUCUGUGGCUUCCUUCCGUGGCUGCCAUGACCCGCGACGCGAUCUGAGUGCUUGGUUGCUCUGCUUGCACCGGGUAGUCGCCACGAAGGCACGAAGGCGCGCAUCGCGACCGCGGGACAAGGCGCCCGUCAGAAUACCUCGACCGCGGAGAGGAGUUCAAUCUCCAAGGCCUCGCAAGAAUGGCGCGCUAUCUAAACCCGACAAAAAUCUGCCUUCUCGUCCUCACCGAGCUCUACAAUGAAGGCGCUGUGCCCAGUGAUGCCGUCUUGCCCGUCCUCUCCUUCAUCACGUCCCAUCUCAUGGAUCACCCUCCCGCGAAAGCCACCGCAGACCAAACCGCGCGAUGGAACAGAGCCGAACGCACAGUCAGUCUGGUCAUCGCCAUCAAGGACUUUGAGAGGCUUCUCGGCAGCUACCCCUUCCUCAUGGGCAUGCCUGGCCGGAAGCUAUGGGACCAGUUCCUCGGGAAGCUCUGGGACAUCAACUCCCUCGACGCUCUGCACGAAUUCUUUGAGAACCUCCUCGACAUGUUGGCUAAGAGCAAGGAGGAGAGGCGGAGACUUGUGGAGCUGGGCGAGCUGGAGGAGGAGGAGGAGGAGGAGGAAGGCAUCAAGUUCUCGCCGAACUCGCCACUGGGAAUGUUUCUUCGCAGGGCUCGGUUGGAAUUCCAACGCCUUCAGUUCCACGAUUGCACCGAGCUGUGGAAGAACUUUGUGCGCUAUCGACAGCCCACGGCUCACUAUCUCAAGAGGAAGAUCCCGGGCUUUGGGCGCCUCAGCUUCGACAAUGUUCUCCUCCAGGGCGAGCAGGAGGACUGGGACCACAAGGGUGUCAUGGAUCUGGCGUCUGUGGCGUAUGGAGACAUGCUCACCGGGGACCAGAGCAGCACGCUGGCGGUCAGCACUGAUGACAUUGAAGUUCUGCUCGAGUUUCAGAUUGAGCAGAUGCAGAAAUACGGUAACAGGAUACCGCAGGAGAUUGCGCACCAGUUUCACGAUUUGCUCAACGACAGCUUCCUGAUUCCCAGUCUUACGCAUUAUCUCACCUUUCUUGACUCCUGGAGAGCAGGAGAUUAUCCCACCGCGUUCGACUCCCUCCACCGAUACUUCGACUACACGAUGCAGAACCGAGAUCGCAUGUUCUAUCAAUACGCUUUGAUGAACCUGGCCGUUCUCCAAGCCGACUUUGGCUGCCACAAGGAGGCAGUCUCAGCUAUGCUGGAAUCCGUCUCCACCGCAAGAGAAAACCGCGACCUCACCUGCCUCAACUUCGCCCUGAACUGGUUGUUCCACUUUGGCCGUGCCCAUCCCGAACUCGUCCGGGAUCUGGAGGCUGACAGCAUGCUGGGUACUGGUAAGGACAGCCUGGCGUUUCUUCGUGUCAAGGCCAAGGAAACGGGGAUGUGGACGCUCUGGAGUUCUGCGCUCUUGAGCGAAGCCAAACUUGGUCUUGUCAAUGGCGACAGCGUGGCGACGGCACUCGAGUUCAUGGUACGGAGCUCCCAAGUAAUCAUCGAGAGGAACAUGAAGAGCAUGUUUGGAUCUCAGCUUUCGCUUUCUGCCGCCUUGUGGGACCGACUGGGGCUUUCCGGUCUGGCUUUCAUGACGAACGAAGUCUUUCUCCGUUGCUAUGCGAGGCAUUCAAUAUUCGACGACGAGCUCAAGGUCACCUCCCGCAUUUCACUCAUGCUGGCGGCUCGCGGCAAAUACGAUGAGGCGCUUGGGAAGAUGGAGGCUUUGGAAGAAAACUCGCUGCGGUCGUGGAAGCCGAGCCAGUACUGGCACAAGUACAGGGGCGUGAUCAAGCUGAAAAGGGACCUGUACCAUAACAAUCUCGAGGGAGCAGAGCAGCUCCUGUCCCAGAUGAUGCAAUCGAGCAUGGACGAUCUGGACCCGGACAUGGCCUUCCACAUUGACACCCUCCACAUCGACUGCUUGACUCGUCGGGGCGACCUUCAGGCUGCCUUUGCAAAGGUUGACAGUCUGAUGUCAAGGCUGGGCGACGAGAAGAAAGACGUGACUCUCCGCGUUAGGCUGCUGGUGCUGAAGGCGUCGCUCCUCGACAAAUGCGGGCGGCCGCAGAGAGGCUUCACCAUCGCGAUGCGAGCCACGAGCAUUUCCUGGCGAGCGCGAAUCAUCCCGGCCCUCUGGCACUCGACCGGCGCCCUCGCAAACAUCCUCGUCUCGCUGGCCGAGUUCGAAGCGGCGUCCCAGCUCCUAAACGCAGUCAUCCCACGAUCGCUCGAGUGCGAGGCGCCCGCCCUCACAGCCCAGCUCUACUCGCACCUCGCCGACGCAAACAUGGGCCUCGCGGGGAAGCACGACGCCAAGUCGAGCACGCGCAAGGAGUAUCUGACCAAGGCGCUCGCGGCUGUGCAAAAGUCCUUCGACCACUACUCCAGCAUCGAGGACAUCAACCAGCAGUGCCAGAUGAUGGCCAAGAAGGCGAUGAUCAUCAAGUUAUCCGGGGACAUGGUGCUGGCGGCGGAUUAUGCGGCGGCCUACGUAGCAUUGCGAAAGAGCGCUGAACUGCUCAGCCUUGGGGGGGCGUGAACGGUGACGGGUGGUUACAGUGGAAAUGGGAUGGUAUUCAGGUAUUCAGAGGCGAGAGCCAUGGCGCACACUCGGGGUUCAUCAUGCACAUGGGACGGGAUCGAGACACGGUGGAUGGUGAAUGCUUGUAUUGAUAUGACUAUCUGUGGCGAGGCAAAUCGGGAUUCAACCAUCAUUUUCUUGCUAAUCUUGAUCCGAGUAGCUACGUAGAGAGCGCACAACCUUUGGAGAACGCACUGUUGCCGUUCUCACCUUCCAUGGUGAAUGUGCCAAGAACCAAAGACUUUGAGACGGAUCAACUGCGCUGGAAGAAGAGACUCCACGUCCAAGGGCCUUCUCGAUGAAGGAUCCUUUCAGCGUUGUGAACGGACUUUAGUUCG